AUGAAGGUAUUUAUUUACUUGACAAUCAUUCAACUGAUUGUAUAUUCCUAUAAAUAUGUGGAUGGAUCCAAUGUGAUGUCGAAAUUAAACAAAAGUAAUGAGAAAUAUGUAAAUCAAGAGUUUAACAAUAAAAAUAAUGACGGAUGUAAUACAAAAAAUAAUUAUUUAAUAGAAGAAUAUAGUAAUGAAUCAAAUGAGUUAUCAGAAGAAUCAUAUAUUGAUAAUACAUAUGGAGAAGGAAAAGAAAAAUAUGAUGAAGAUUUAGAAGAAGUAGAUAAAGAAUUUGCAAAUUUAAAUCAAAACAGUUUUGAUGAAAUUAAUAAUCUGAAUUCAAAAGAAGCUAAUAAAAAUCUUAGAAAUAAUAUUAAUGUAUCAAAUUGUGAAAGCAACAAAGAUAGAAAUAAUGGAGUAAAAUAUUUUUCUGAUAUAUUAUACGAAGAAAAAAAAAGAAAAAUAUUGUUAAUUCAUAUUUUGAAAAAUAUAAAAAAAAGUUUACAUAGACAAAAUGAAAACUUUAGAAACUUUCUUUCCUUUUUAAGUGAAAAUUAUGAAAAUUAUGAAAAAUUUACUUUGUUAAAAAAUAGUGCAUAUAUGAAUAAAAAUAAUUUAAAAUAUCCAAAUAUGUCAUUAGGAACUUCAAACUCUGAAACUAUUCAAUCCUUUUUGAGCAUUCAAGAAACAAAUAACAAAUGUCCUAUGAAAUCACAAAAUAACGAAAAUGAUGGAAAUGACGAAAAUAACGAUAUCCAAGAUGAUGAAAAUAAUGAUAUUCCAAAUGAUGAUAAUGGAAAAAAAGAAAAUAAUUCAGAAGAAAUUCAAGAAAUUAUCGAUAUCUUAAAAAAACUUUUAAACUCUAAUAAUAUUUCUUUUCAACAAAAAGAAUAUUUAAAACUAAUUAUUCAAGUUUUAGAAUUAGAAGGUAAUUUAUUAGACAAAGAAAAAAUACAAGUUGAAUUAAAUAAAAAUAUUAUUAACAUAUUAAUGGGUAAAUCAAAUGAGUUAAGAGAUUUAGCAAUCAAGUUAAGUAAUGAAAAUGGAAAUCCUGAAAGUUCACAAAGAGUUGAUUUAGCUCAAAAUAUUGUUUCAAAUCUUUUGAACUUGUCAGUUGAACUAAAAAAUACAGGAAAUAUUGUAUAUAACAAUAUUCAAGGACAAGGGGAGUUACUUCAAAAAAUCGACGAAACUAUGAGUAAAGCAGGAAAUGAAUUAAAAAACAUACGAGUUCAUACUUCAUACAAAGGUAUGAACUCAAAUGAUGACAAUAACGAUAAUGAUAAUAACGAUAAUAAUGAUAAUAACGAUAAUAAUGAUAAUAAUGAUAAUAACGAUAAUAAUGAUAAUAACGAUAAUAAUGAUAAUAACGAUAAUAAUAAUAAUAACGAUAAUAAUAAUAAUAUUAUUGAAGUAGGAAAAGGUAAUAAAUCCAAAUAUUAUAAAAAAAAUAAAUCAAGACAUGGGUUAAAACAAUUAAAAAAAUUAGGAAAUAAUCCAAAUGGAAAAAAUAAUGAUAAUAAAAAAAAUACUUUAAAACAUUUCAAUCUUGAUGAAAAUAUGAAAAAUCAUUUUUUCAAUAUAUUUAAAAAGGAUGAAAUAACUCUCAAGAAAUUAUAUGCAAUGCUUUCUAAUCUAAUUUAA